GGCGUCUAUAUCCGGCCAAACAACUUCUUGCCGCUUUCUCUAAGUCUCAGUUUAAGUCCUCUUUUGUAGGAUGUCCCCAAUCUCUAUCACUUCGGAUGAAAUCAAUCGUCUGAUAUACGCAUAUUUUCGAGACUCUGGCUUUGAACAUUCCGCUUACACUCUCGUGAAGGAGGCCCAACUCGAGAGAUCACCUGUCUUCAAAAAACACGUUCCUAGAGGAGAACUAGUCGAACUAUUGAGCAAGUCACUACUCUAUAAUGAAGUCGAAUGCCAUUUCCAAGGUGGAGAGGCUGCAAUCAAAUGCAAGGCCAUGUUCUCUCUCCUUGAACCCCAUACAUGCUCUCCGAACCCUCCUGAAUCUCACACUUUCCUUGCACCGACGUUUGCUCCCCCAUUGAUGAUGGUAGCUCCACCGAUUCAAAGCAAUGUUUUAAUGCAGGACGUUUCGCACCGCAAGAUCAGUCCUCUACCGCGAAGUAUUACAACUACCGAAAAACGCACCAGGAAGGAAUCCAAUGACAUGGAUGUCGAUACCCCUGUGGAAUCAAGACCUAAGGCAGCAGAUCCUCCCAAAAAACCUGCUUCGAAACCAAAGAAAUUGCUCCAAGGACCUAUUGACGACAUUACUGAUCCGAAUGUCAUCACUUUAAUGCCUGGGCAUGCUACGGAGGUGUUUGUAUGUGCAUUCAAUCCUGUCAAUUAUAACCUGUUGGCUUCUGGCUCUAAGGAUGCUGUAGUGAAGAUAUGGACACUUUCUGAGUCGAUGGCGGGUUCUGCGCAGGCCGGAGAACCCAUCACAAUCGACUCGUUCUCUCAGGCAGAAUCCGCAGAUUUGACCUGUUUGAGCUGGAGUCCAGAUGGGACGUUACUCGCCAUUGCUUCAUACGAUUCCAGAUUGCGAAUAUGUGACACUGCAGGCAAAAUGUACUUUGAAAGUGAUAUACAUAAGGGUCCAAUAUUCACAACAAGGUUUUCAACAUCAGGUCGUUGGCUUUUGACAGCAAGUCUGGAUGGAAGUUCAUGUCUUUGGGACGUUGCUGGUAAAAAGCUGCAUCGGCAAUACCACGGUCACAAAGAUUGUUGUUUAGACGUGGAUUGGUUAAACAACGAUAUGUUUGCGAGCUGUGGGGCCGAUCGACAAGUUCACAUAUUUAGUGUGGACGAAGAGAAGUCAAUCAAGACUUUCGGCGGACACACCGACGAAAUCAAUCAGAUCAAGUGCAAUCCUUCUGGGACACGUCUUGCAUCUUGCUCAGACGAUAUGACGACAAGGAUAUGGAAUGUAUCUAACAUUUCUGCUUCAAUACCUUCAGAAGCCGAUUCCAUCCCAGGCCUGGGUAGUUCUGACAACGAUCAAGUCACCAUUCUCGAAGGCCACAAGCAUUCUGUAAGCACAAUUGGCUGGUAUCAACCGCCAGGCACCGAGAAUGAACUGAUUGCUACCGGUUCAUUCGAUGGUGCAACUCGUCUGUGGGACUCUGUCACCGGCCGAUGUCUUCAUGCUUUUGCAGAUCAUAAACGUCCUGUAUAUGCACUUGAUAUCAGUCCUGAUAAUCACUGGUUAACUACAGGAGGUGGGGAUGGAUGGUUACACGUGUACGACUUGAAGACUCAAACGAGAAUAUGGUCAUGGUUCGCCGGUGCUGAUAGACCUGGAGUUUUUGAGAUAGACUGGCAGACUCAUAAGUCGCAAAACAUUGAACGUAUAGCGAUGGCACUGGAAUGUCGGUUGGUUGGUGUCAUUGACUUACGCAGGGUUCCUGCUAUAGCUAAUUUGAGAGGCUCAUAGCACUUGUCGGAUCGACGCGAUGUACUAGUAGCUGAUUGUAUGCAAUAUUCACUAUGUGGGGCUUACAUAUUAUAUUUUCUUGUAUUUUU